GGCAGGCGGCGGGCGCCAGCGCGGGGCUGAGCGGCGGGCGGGCCGCGGCCGGGCGCGGAGAUGGUGCUGCUCACGAUGAUCGCCCGCGUGGCGGACGGGCUCCCGCUGGCCGCUUCCAUGCAGGAGGACGAGCAGUCAGGCCGCGAUCUGCAGCAAUACCAGAGCCAAGCGAAGCAGCUCUUCCGCAAGCUGAACGAUCAGUCCCCCACGAGAUGCACUCUGGAGGCAGGAGCCAUGGCUUUCCACUACAUCAUUGAGAAAGGAGUGUGCUACCUGGUCCUGUGUGAAGCUGCAUUCCCCAAAAAGCUGGCCUUUGCAUAUCUGGAGGACUUGAACUCAGAGUUCGAUGAGCAGCACGGCAAGAAGGUGCCGACGGUCUCCAGGCCGUACUCCUUCAUUGAGUUUGACACCUACAUCCAGAAAACCAAGAAGCUCUACAUUGAUAGUCGGGCGAGGAGGAACCUGGGCUCCAUCAACACGGAGCUGCAGGACGUGCAGAGGAUCAUGGUGGCCAACAUCGAGGAAGUCUUGCAGCGAGGAGAGGCUCUCUCAGCUCUUGAUUCCAAGGCCAACAACCUGUCCAGCUUGUCCAAGAAGUACCGCCAGGACGCCAAGUACCUGAACAUGCGUUCCACCUACGCCAAGCUGGCAGCUGUGGCUGUGUUCUUCAUCAUGCUGAUCGUUUAUGUGAGGUUCUGGUGGCUGUGAGGCAGCUGCACUCACGAAGAGGGAAAGCCAGCAGCCUGGCAGGUGUAUGUGUGCAGGACACUGCUCACGGGGGAUGUGCAUUAGAAUCCACCCAGGACCAUCACCUUGACCGGAGAGUCCUGAAAUUGUGAGGUGCCAGCUGGCUGCUGCACCUCUUCCUGAAGCCUGCCAGUAGGUUAAAGGCUUGUUGGCUGCAGGCUGUUCCUCGGAGGCUCUCUGCACUGGGGUACUGCAGGGGUCUGCCCCUUCCCCGGGGCGCGCUCUGGGAGCGGUCAGUGCAGUUUAGCAUCAUCGCCUCAAACCUCCUCCUGUUGAGUAGCUCUGGUGGGAACUGGACUCUAAUGAACAUUCCUUGUGUUGGCAAUGUUGGCUUUUUUUAGAAGCUGGGUCUGCAGUUCUUUUCUUCCUUGUUUUUUAAAGACAAGACUCCCCUGCCCGAAGGCCAAUCCGCACUGUACAUAGGAAAGCUUUCACCUCUGUCAGCGUAGCUACCCUUGAGUUCUCUGGCUGACAUCUUGGCUUGUUACACUUCCACCUGCUUUAGGAAGAAAUGGAUGUUAAAUUAUGCCUUAAAAUACUUUGUGUAGUACUAGGAGGGGCAAGGAGAAGCUUCUGUCUUACUGAUUCCUACAAAAUUAAACUACAGAUUUGUAAGUGUCCACUUUCCCUCUCCUGACAGCUGUGUGUGAGGCUUUGUCUCCAUGUGAACAGGCUGUGUAACUCGGUGCUGUGGAGCAGGCACGGUGCAGGCUGUGGCAGCACUCCAGACCUUCCCCUCCAAUCUGCAGAUUCACUACUUU